AUGGAGACAGGACAACCCCUGACAUUCAUUGGUCAUCAGGACACGCCAGGAGUUGGUAACAUCCACUCAGGCGCCACGCCACCCUGGAUGGCGCCAGAGGAGGAGCACAGCUCUGGGGCCCACCCGAUAGGCCCUUCCUAUGAAGAGUUUCUUAAAGAAAAGGAAAAACAGAAAUUGAAGAAACUCCCCCCAGACAGAGUUGGAGCCAACUUCGACCACAGCUCCAGCACCAGUGCGGGCUGGCUGCCCUCCUUUGGCCGGGUCUGGAACAACGGGCGCCGCUGGCAAUCCAGGCAUCAAUUCAAAACUGAGGCCGCAGCAAGGAACAAACAGCAGUCAAAGAAAAUGGUUUCCUAA